GUGGCAAGCGUCCAGCCCCGUGGGGUCUGGGGCCAGGUUCAGAGCCGCCUCCUCCCGAGCCGGGCCCGCGGAGGUACGAGGGCGGACGCUCCAUGGGCCGCAGCGCAGCCAGGAGCGUGCUGGGGUCCCGGGUAACUCGGGCCCCGAGCCACGGCAGCCUCGCACAGGAGCGCGCGGGGCCAGGCGCGAGGAAGAAGCGUUGGUCCACAGCGCCGCGUGCCUGCCGGGGGUGGGGGACGACGGCACGUCUUACCCCCGUGUAGCUCCCCCCGGGGGCCGGGCACCACUCCCCGCCCCGUUCCAGGCCGGCCCUUCCUGAAGCCGGAACGUUCCUGCUGCGGCCCGGCGCGCCGGUCGGACGAGUUGCAACAGCGCCGAGCGGCUGAGGUUGGGGGUUCCGGGAGUUCGCCGCGGGGAGCUCGAGCCCGGUCCCGGCAGUAUCGUAAGCAAGCAGAUUUGGACAGACAGACAGACAUGGAUGACGAGCCUGAAAGAACUAAACGCUGGGAAGGGGGUUAUGAAAGAACAUGGGAGGUUCUCAAAGAAGACGAAUCUGGGUCACUGAAAGCAACUAUAGAGGACAUUCUUUUUAAGGCAAAGAGAAAAAGAAUCUUUGAACACCAUGGGCAAGUUAGACUUGGAAUGAUGCGUCACCUUUAUGUGGUGGUAGAUGGAUCAAGGACUAUGGAGGACCAAGAUUUAAAACCUAACAGGCUUACUUGUACCUUAAAGUUAUUGGAAUAUUUUGUUGAAGAAUACUUUGACCAAAAUCCUAUUAGUCAGAUUGGUAUAAUUGUAACUAAGAGUAAAAGAGCUGAAAAGCUGACAGAACUUUCAGGAAACCCAAGAAAGCAUACAACUGCUCUGAAGAAAGCUGUAGAUCUGACCUGCCAUGGAGAACCAUCUCUGUAUAACUCUUUAAAUUUGGCCAUGCAGACUUUAAAGCACAUGCCAGGACAUACAAGCAGGGAGGUUUUGAUUAUCUUCAGUAGCCUGACAACCUGUGAUCCAUCUAAUAUCUAUGAUCUAAUUAAGUGCUUAAAGGCAGUUAAGAUCAGAGUAUCUGUCAUCGGCCUAUCUGCUGAAGUUCGAGUUUGUACUGUACUUGCCCGAGAAACGGGUGGAACAUACCAUGUAAUUUUAGAUGAAAGCCACUAUAAGGAGCUGCUGAUGCAUCAUAUUAGCCCUCCACCUGCCAGUUCAAGUUCUGAAUGCUCCCUUAUUCGAAUGGGGUUUCCUCAGCAUACCAUUGCGUCUCUCUCUGAUCAGGAUGCUAAACCAUCAUUUAGCAUGGCGCACUUGGAAAACAACAGUGAUCCAGGUCUCACGCUGGGUGGAUAUUUCUGUCCCCAGUGUAGAGCCAAAUACUGUGAACUCCCUGUGGAAUGCAAAAUCUGUGGUCUUACAUUAGUCUCUGCACCCCAUCUGGCUCGGUCUUACCAUCACCUGUUUCCUUUGGAUGCCUUUCAAGAAAUUACAUUGGAAGAAUAUAAAGGAGAACGCUAUUGUCAAGGCUGCCAAGGGGAGAUUAAAGAUCAACAUGUUUACAUUUGUAAAGUCUGCCAGAAUGUAUUUUGUAUGGAAUGUGACUUAUUCGUUCAUGAUUCUCUGCACUGCUGUCCUGGCUGCAUUCACAAGGAUCCUGCUCCUCUGGGUGUAUGAUACCAGGUGUUUGUAGAGAUUGUCCUACCUGUUUCAUUCUUGCACAGAGUCAAAUUAGACUAUUCAACCACAGACUUCAGUAAGGCAACUCAAAACCAAGAAGAAAUACCUAGAUGAAUGCGGUAACAAACCCACUUUUUAGUUAAUGUAUAGAAUUGGAAUAUUUAAAUUCUUCUGGUUAAUGUUUAUAAAAAUAUCUGCAUCAUCUGAUUCAUUUCCCUAACUUGUUUUGAAAGCCUUUGACUUACUUGAGUCAUGCUAAAUAAAGUGUAAAUCUGUAAGUGUGUGGAAAAGUGAUAAAAA